AUUUUUUAAUAUAAAAAAGUUUUAAAUUGAUAAAUAUAACCCGAUAACUCUGAUACGAUUCCAAAGUCUUUCUAGGCAGUCGCAUGGAACGCACUUUCACAAUUGCAGAAAUGCCAAUAUAUGAACACUGAAUUUGCGAAUAAAGGGAGAAAAGGAUUUUUCGAUAGUACAGUUGGUAUAACUGAAGUAGCUUAUUUCAUGGUGGCUGUCCGGUGGCUCGAAGACUUCUCGUGGUGAUUGGGAUCGGAUUGUAUUGUAAUGUAAACAAUAGUAAGGGAUUGGUGGAUCGAGGUAAACUCCAGGAUCCUUCUUGAAUGAUGCAGUUCAUGUUAAUCGUACUUUUGGUUUGAGUCAAGAGGUCGAUCUGCUUCUUUCGUUUCGUGUUUAUACAUACACGAAAUAAGUUAGAGGCAAAGUGUAGUGUCUGUCGAAGAUUGGUUUGAGUGAAAUAUAAUCAAAGGAAAUGACUAGGCACGCAAGAAAUUGCACCGCAGGAGCAGUCUACACCUAUCAUGAGAAGAAAAAGGACGCCCAAGCUUCUGGAUAUGGUACCAAUACUCAGCGCGUUGGAAAGGACUCUGUGAAAGAUUUUGACUGUUGUUGUCUUUCAUUACAGCCUUGCAGAAAUCCUGUCGUCACUCCAGAUGGAUAUUUAUUUGACAAGGAAUCAAUUCUUCAAUAUGUAAUUACUAAGAAAAACGAAUAUAGCCGAAAACUAAAAGAAUAUGAGAAGCAGAAGAAGAAAGAUGAGACUGAGAAAGCAGAACUUCUUGCUGCUGCCAAUGUUACCAAGGUGAAUGACUUUCUGAAGACAGAAAAGAACAUUGUCAGUGCGCCUGUGAAUGCUUUUAAAGAAGAUCCUGAUAAGGCAGAAAAACCAUCAGUAUCAAAUAUGACAGAGGGUCGUGACAAACAUCUUCCUAGCUUUUGGAUUCCUUCAAAAACUCCAGAAGCUAAGGACACAAAUCUCAAGAAACCUGAUAAAACUAUUUAUUGUCCAAUGAGUGGAAAACCUUUAAAAGUUAAAGAUUUGGUUGAUGUAAAGUUCAAAGAAGUUAAGGACCCAGAUGACAAGAAAGCACUCAUUGUGAAACAGAAUCGAUAUAUGUGUCCGAUCACUCAUGAUAUUCUUGGCAACUCUGUGCCUUGUGCAGUAAUUCGCACGACAGGUGAUGUUGUGACUAUGGAGUGUGUAGAGAAGAUUAUUAAGAAAGAUUGGAUGCAUCCUAUCACUGGCGAAAAACUAACAGAAAAGGAUAUCAUUCCAAUGCAAAGAGGAGGUACAGGUUAUGCAGAGACCAACAAGAACUUAGAAGGAAAACACGAGAGACCUGUUUUGCAGGCUUAAAUUAAUAUUUGUUGAUAUUUUUGUUUAUACAUUAAUUAGGCUGUACUUAUUUUAUAUCACAAAAUGAAAUUAAAAGCUUUGUAAUCUAUCUUGGUUGUGUAUAUGAAUGUCUAUUUAAUUCAUGUAUUAAAGAAGCAGAGUAACAGUCAAA